CAGCACUGCUGGUGCCGUCGUCGUACGAUAGUGUCGUGUCUAUUUGGACUGUUCCUUUAUUGUUCUGGUCGUCGUUGUAAAAAAACUUUCCAUUCUCACUUAUUAUUUAGUUAUCUACUAUCGUUUUGUGAAGCGCUAUCGACCGUUCAAGUUUUCGGCAUUACGUCGUUAAAACAAGACGACUGGACGGGGUGAAUAAUUAUGAGUAGCAUCAGUGAAUAAUCGCCGUGAGAAAUCAUGAAUUGCCAUCAAAUACUAAGCGGUGCGUGCAACGCUGGUGAUCGAUGUUACGCUGUCGGUUCCGUGGAAGGAAUAUCUUUUACCGCUUAUGCAGCAGGCUGCAAUAUAGUCAUACUCGCUAGUAAUUUCGAGAGAGUACAGAUUAUACCAGGAGCGGUACACAACUACAUAAGAAUAAGCUGUUUAGACUGCAGCACAGAUACUGGAAAAAUUGCUGCCGCCUAUGAAAACCAAGUCUGCAUAUUCGAGCCAACUCCACUUAUCCACAACUCCUGUUCCCAUCAAUUAGAGUACAGAUGGGUUCAAACGGGAAGCUUGCAGACCGAGUCGAACAUCAGUUCCCUCUCCUGGAAUCUAGAGGGUACUCGUUUGCUCACUGGUGGACAACUCCUUCAACUUUGGCACCAAAAUAUCCAACCUUUUCAGGAAGAACAUGCCGCGAAGGUGAAAGUGUCGCAAAUGGAAGAAGUUGCGAGAACUGGAGGCGAACGAAGCCUCGUGGGCGAUUCGUCUCAAGAUCCCGGUGCGGUCACCUUCUCUAUUGGACCAGAAGUCGAGAGCCCGUGUCCCGGAGGCGAAGGAAACAGUUCAGGCAAUGAGCCUGGCUCGUGGAAUUGCGUUUGGAAAUGUCGAACAGCGACACCAGUUCAUUUGAUGAGCUUCAGCCCGGAUGGAACUUUGUUCGCCACAACCGGGCUCAAUGAUAGGCUCGUCAAAAUAUGGUUCGAAAACAAACAGUUAUUCCCAGCGCGAGGCAUGGAUCAGACGAGUUUUGGACAGUCCAUACCGAACGACAGUUACAGUUUCGUUUACGUGGCUCAUCCACGCGCAGUGACACAUCUUUCUUGGCGGAAAACGAGCAAGUACAUGCCGAAGGGUUCGGUGUCGAACAUGCUGGUAACUUCUUGUCGAGACAACAUUUGUCGAGUAUGGGCUGAAACGAUACCACCAGAGAUUGAAGGAUUAGCGAAUAUGAGCCAAUUCGAGGGCUCCGACAGGCACGGACACCAUGGCAAACAUCGCCAUCACAGUAUGCACAAGCAUCGGUUUAUGCAGCGCCUCAAGCACAUGAAAACUUGUUUCCACAUCCGGCGUCACGCGAAACAGCAGCAGCAACAACAGCAUCAAGCUGGUCUCACGGCCCCGACCCUUCCAACUCUCCCGUCCACUUAUUCCGUUCAUGAUUUCCACAACAAUUAUCAGGGCACAGGACAUUACCCCGGAAUGCAUUUUCAUCUCGCAGCGAGUAUCAACGCCGAAACUGAUAUUCCACUGGUACCGAGUCUCGUCACGGGAGAUCCUGAAAGAGAACCCAAUUUCAUUCUACACUGGCUGAACAAUAAAGAAAUGCAUUUUACGAUGCAGGCUGAGAGCAUACUCCAGGAAUUGACACGAAAAGUGGUAGAAAAGGAGGAAGCUUCUCAGCAGCAUCAUCAUCACCAUCAUCAUCAUCAUCACCAUCACCAUGAAGGAGAUCAUAUGGACCACGAUUCGGAGGGAGAACAUACGCCGAAUAGCGUCUUGUCCUGUUACGGUCUGACCGGAGUUGGUCGUUCCUCAGAGAAAGCAUCGAUGAGGCAGAGUGGUCAAAAAGUUGGGGUGGGCGGACGAAGCACUAGUCAGGAUGAGCACAGCAGUGAUGAGCAUCACACAGCCUCUCAUCCGAGCCUCGCUCAAAGCGGACACUCGCACCAGACUCUAAGUAACACGACUUCGAUAAAUUCGAUCGCGACUGAUGCGACGUCGACGAUAAAUCACGCCCCGGAUUCGUUGGACACGAAGAUCGAGACGCUACUCCGGGACUGGCAUCAUAAUCCCGAUCUCCUGUUCUCGAUACAUCCGAUCGACGGGAGUUUCCUCAUUUGGCACAUCGAGUGGCUCGACGAGUAUCAUCCAGGCUCAUUCCGUCAGGCUCAAAUAUCUUUUUCGACGAGAAUACCAAACGCGUUUCCCCUCGGCGACGCUUCAACGAUGAGCCACAACGUUUCCAUGUAUUCUCACAACACAGGAGGUCCGCUAUUGAGCAUCCGCGAGGUUGCCAAAUCUUCGGCAAAGGCUGGUGUCGGAGGAAACGAUCAUACCGAAGUUUCGACUCCGUUGCCGAGCUUGAUAGAGCAAGACGAGGAACAAUCCACCCUGACGUCAAAAGCUGGUCAAGAGUUGCUCGAAAGCGUUCAAAACUUGGCAGAUAGGACGAAAAAUUCACAGCAAACUGGCGAUGCUAAUGGCGGUUUGGAAACGGCUGCUGGAAAAAGCGUUCAGGAAUCCCUCACCGAUAUGCUGAGUCACCCUAGCCCAAUAGUUUCGAUGGUGUCGAAACACUCAAAUGGAACGUUGAAUCUUUGGCAGCUCACGUUUGCUGACAAAACGAAAUUUUCUCAGGUUCUGAGUAUAGGACACGCCUGCCGAGCAUCGGGUCACCGUUUCCGGGUAAAUGAUAUAACGUGCCAUCCCGUGUUGCCCCUGCUGGUCACAACUUCACAUCACAAUAUACCCGAAUUUCCGAACCCCGGUUCACCACCCUCUGGAGCAGUGAAUGGUGAAUCCGCGAAGCUUAACGCAACAAUGACUGCGAGGACGAGCACGUCGAUGGAACAGCAUCGAGACAACGAAGCUCGGAGCAAAGAAAUCAUGUCAGCGACUGGAUUUUGUAGCGAACUUAUACUCUGGCGUGUGGACGCGGUUGGUCCUCUGUCGAAAAGCGGCGGAGUUUCCGAACUCGCGCGAAUUAAUUCCCCCGAGAUAUCAGCUUUCAGCAAUGUCGCUUGGAUACCGACCCUUUUGCCGAGCACGACUUUAGGAAAUUUGUCAAACUCACCAAGCGCCUGUUUCGUUGCAAGUGACGGCGAAUCUCUCCGAGUCUAUCAAGCGGUCAUUGACGCGAGAACUUUACUGGCCGAAGUCUCAAUAAGCGAGCGCAGAAGCCGAAUGAUGGAUUCGAUGGCGAGUCUUUCGACGGACGUUUCUUCGGACGACGGUAUAAGAAACUCGAUCCACGACCGCAUCAAAAUCGUAUCUCAACAAUCGACCGCUCGUCCCGGCUGCGUGAUACAGCUCGACGCGAUAUCGGACGCCACUCACGAUUGGCAAAACACCCAAUUUCUUCAUGUAUUUCAAGAGCAACUGAUUACGGGCGAGAGAAACGACGAGAAGCAAACCGGCGUCGAGACAUCCGCGAACGAUCUUGGCCUCAUGGAAUCGACCCUCGAUGCAAUGGUAGAUCUUCAACAGUCCUCGAUAUUCGAGGAGCCCUUUUAUAUCGUCGUUCUCGAGAGAACAGCCAAAGGUACGACGGUCCACAUGUGGCGUUUGGUGAUCGCAUCUCAGCCGGAAACCAACGGACUUACCGGCUCGAUGAUGUACGUUCCGGAUUCUCAAUUGGUGCAGGAAGACGAAGACGAGGAGGGAGCCACACCGGGACGUCGAUCACGACGACCCAGUCAAACGGCAGGCGCACGAAGCAGACGUUCCAGCCAAGCUGAAUACGAGCCCGGCAACACUUCGAAUCUCAAUAACCGACGACGACGACGAAACAGUGGCGGCUGUAAUAAUCCUGGUAACAAUUCCACCGGGAAUAACAGCAGUCACGUAUUGAUAACCACCACAAAAGUUUGUACUCAAGAGUUACCAUUGCCCGAUGGAGUCGAAGUUGUUCACGCGGCUCCUGCUGCCGGGCAUCUCAGCAGUUCUUCCAUUUACCCGGCUUGCUUCGCGCCCUACAUUAUCGUUACCGCGUGCAGUGACAGUACCGUACGUUUCUGGAAAUGCAAAGUAACCAAGAGAAACAGCGAGCCUGACGAGGCUGAAGAAUACGAGAAUCCCGAUCGAAAAUUGGACUAUGAAUGGCGAGAAUGGGAAAUGAUAAGAAAGGAUCAGGAGUCCACGAUCGAUAUAUCCGGCCAACCUCUCAACAUAAGCGCAGCUUACAGCGGCCGCAUUGCUUGCGCUUACAAAUACGGUAAAUCCUUCACUCGUCCAACGAAAAACGAUCCUGACUCCCGUUACGUUAAUCUUUGCGUUGCCAUUUACGAGUGUGAGAGCACCGGCGGAAGCGAGUGGAUCCUCGAGGACACGAUACAUUUGAAGAACAUACAUUUGCCACGUAUACAACUCGAUCAACAGUUGGAUCUUAAUUAUCUCUACGACAGCAAGUACAUGCAGAAAAAGCAACGAUUGACCCAGGUCUUGCAGACGUUGAGUCACGAGGACGUCAGGUCACCGAGAAACGGGAGUGGUUCUGUCAGUACUUCCGGUUCCGUUGGCGCGAGCGAUGUUAACGGGGGCAACACUCUCGGGGCUAGCAACGACGGAACGACGAAAGCCGGCCUGCUCGCUGUUCCCUCAUUCAGCACUCUUCAAUCGCUGAGAAAAUCCAUCAUCGAAAACGGCAACACCUGUCCCUUGACGCAAAAGCAUCUCGUACAGCUCGACUGGGUAUCGAAGGAAGACGGUUCUCACAUUCUCACAGUCGGUGUAGGUUCGAAAAUAAUGCUUUUUACUCCGGUGUGCUCGGAUCUCGCGCAAGCCAAUAUGAAAGCGAUGAAAGAGUCUCGUAGCAACAACAGACCGAUACUCCGUAAAACUUCAUCUCUGGCGCAACCGCAGUUCGUCGACGAAAUACGCUGGAUGAAAUUACGAAAAAUUCGUCUGACAACGGCGGACGGUUUGCCGCCAUUGCCGAUGCAAAUAUCCUGGGUUCGCGACGGGAUUCUCGUAGUGGGUAUGGACUCGGAGAUGCACGUUUAUUCACAGUGGAAACCAAAUCCGAAAAGCGACUGCUUUCAUUCGAGUCUUCGGCAUCAAGAGUCCGACGAGUUUCAAGCGAGCAGAAAUUUGCGAGACGAGGAUCUUCGUACUCUCGCGAACGAGACGUCGCAGCGAAGGUUGGCUAACGUAUCGUCGAUGCCUCAUCUCUCGCGAGUCAGCAGUAUCAAUCUGACGAUGCUCGAUGCCAAAAAGAAACGGGCGGGGAUGCAAAACGGAAGCGGCACCGGGAGCGGCUGUGGUGGCGAAGGAUCGGCUAAUAAUCUUGAUUACAUGCCGGACUACGGUCUUUUCGAGGCUUCGAGAAUAGCCUGUCCCGUUUUACCCCAAUAUCAUCCCAAGCAACUGAUGGAACUCUUGAAUUCCGGGAAAAUUCGAUGGGUCAAAGCGAUACUGGCACACCUGGUGAGAUGCAUCGCGAGCUCGUACUCCGUUCGAGCCGAUGACAACGAGAGUCUGGUCAAGCAACAGCAGCAACAACGGGGCGGGGGAACGGGCGCUGCCGGGAGCAAUGCCAACGCUGCGGGUUGGUCGCGGACGAGAGCGAUGUCGGUGAGUUGCGGAGGUGGUCCGGGUGGCGGUGGGGGUGGCAGUAUGUCUCCGAACGAGCCCCGAGGUUCCACGAGUCACAUACCCGAGGAAUUGACCCUUGACUACGCCGAGAUAACGUCAAUAUCCCCGCUGCCUUUGUGGACGUUGCUCAUAGCCGAUAAAGAAACGAACGCUUCGGUCGCCCAGCAGAACGAGGCGCAGCAGCAGCACGAUUACGAUCAAUUGUUCGACGGCUGCGUCGACGAGGGCGACUCCCUGGAUGACAUGCUCGACGAGGAUUACGACGGCUCGAAACAGCAAAAGGAUCGUCGCGGUUCUUCCGCACCGGAGAGACAGGGGAUAUCGCACUUCGGACCGCGACAAGGAAGAUUGCUCUCCCGUCUCUUGACUCACACCCAUUUGCCCGGCUUGUCGAGCCUCGAUCAAAUGCAUUUGCUGGCUCUCGCCGAUACCGUCUCGACGUGCAACGUCGAUUUUGCUGAACGUUUUGCCAUAGACGCGGCAAAAACUGCUAUAGCCAAGGAAAACCUUACGGGCAUACCCUCCGAUGGGGACACCGGAUCGACCGAUUCGCUCGACGACUGCGGUCUCAGAUUCCUGCUUGCCAUGAAGCACUACAAUUAUCUCAUAAAAUGCCUGCCCCUCGCUCAACGCGCACAGUUCCAAAAGCAGGGCGUAUCCACGAACAAUCUCGUGUGGGCUUUCCACUCGGAAUCCGAGGAAGAACUGCUCGCUCUCAUACCCUCUUAUGCGAAGGGUCAGCCCAAAUGGUCCGUUCUAAAAGAGCUCGGAGUCGGCUGGUGGAUAAGGAGCAACACAGUGCUUAAACGUUGCGUCGAAAAAAUAGCCAAAGCUUCCUUCCAACACAAGCAGGAUCCUUUGGACGCUGCUAUUUAUUAUCUCGCCAUGAAAAAGAAAAAUCUUGUUUGGGGCCUUUUCCGCAACAAACGGGAUGAGAGAAUGACCUCGUUUUUCGCCAACAAUUUUGCCGAGGAUCGUUGGAGGAAAGCUGCUCUCAAAAACGCGUUUGCUCUCCUUGGAAAACAGAGAUUCGAUCACGCCGCCGCGUUUUUCCUUCUUGCGGGAUCUCUCAAAGACGCCAUUGACGUAUGUCUUCACAAACUCAACGAUCUUCAACUGGCAAUGGUCAUAGCGAGGCUCUACGAAGACGAGGUCACCUCGCCCAAUCUCAAAAGACUCUUGUAUGAGGAAAUAUUGGGCUGCGACAAGGACGGAAACGAUCCGGAUCUCGUUAGAGCCCAUCCGGAUCCGUUUCUCAGGAGCAUGGCACUGUGGAUACUCAAGGAUCAUGCCGGGUCUCUCAAUACUCUUUUGCUCAGCCAUGUUGGUACUAUGCAUCCUGCAUACAACGAUGAAGAGGCUGAGAAAAACGAAGGAGGCGCCGGAGCUACUGCCGCCAAUCCGAACGUCUUCAAUUUUUACGUCUAUCUACGGACGCAUCCUCUACUCAUAAGACAAUACAUCGCAUCGACGGCGCUCGAUCGCAAAAAAGGUCAUUCCGUUGUUAUAUCCGGAUUCAGUUACGGAACAGAGAGCAAAGUACAAGCACCCGACAAACAACUUAUGCUCGAAGAUAGUAUUACACCUCUCGAGAGACAGCUCUACUUCACCACCGCUCACGCUCACUUCAAAGCUGGUUGUCCGGCUCUGGCCCUCGAAGUGCUCUCCAAACUACCGAACAAAGUCAUGGACACCAAUUGCGAGGAUACUCCGAGCCUCUUGAACAGUCCGAGCAAAUCUCGAGCAACUGAUUUGCAAAUAGACACCGGUAUCAUCAGUUGGGAACCCGCUGCUCAACCGUCAAACCCUCCGGAAGCGCAAACUGAUGCGGCAGACUUCGAUUGGUCAGCCCCGGUAACGAAAAAAGUAGACGAUGAAUUGGUUCUGAAUUGGGAUGAUCCCGAAACUCCGGAUGACGAUUUGGAAAGCCCACCGAUGACUUUGAAAUUGGACAGGAAAGAAAGCAGUGGUGCCAAGUCAGACGAUAAAGAUGAUGACAUCGCAAAGCCGAUCGCGCAAUUGGACAUAAUGGCUCAACAGCUGAAAUUCGUCGCUUGCCUCAAGAUACUCAUGGAGGAAUUGUCGACGCUGGCAACUGGAUUCGAGGUCGACGGAGGACAACUUCGCUAUCAACUAUACGUUUGGUUGGAGCGCGAGGUUGACGCACUCCGACAAUUAUGCAGUUACAGCGUCAAUUCGGACGGCGAUGUGACCAACGUCGGCGAAUACGAAGGUGGUAUGGUCGAUGAUAUGCCACCCCCGUACAGACCAGGGGAACAACCAACGUUGCAUGAAAUAUUAGUUGCUGAAAAGCUCGAUUUUGAAGCUAAGGUUCAGAGGGCCGCCAAGAGAAAAAAGUGGCUCAAAGCCAAUGAGACUUUGCUUCGUACCCUGCUGUCGUACUGUUCGUUACACGGAGCAUCCGGGGGUGGUCUCGCCUCCGUACGGAUGGAAUUGGUUCUUCUGCUUCAAGAGCUUCAGCAAGAAAAAACGCAACAACAAUUGCUCAGCCCGUUACCGUUCCCCACGACGCUUCCUUUAUUGAGCGCGAGCGUCGCGUGCAACAAAACUGUUGUUGCUGAUCCUGUCAGACAUCUUCAGUCCCUCGCUCAAGAUAUGUUACAAACGUUGGUCCAGCUGCGAGAUCCUCCGAUGCCGAAUCGAAAUUCUCACUAUUGCGAAGUAUUUAUACUGCGUGAUUUGGCGGUGGCGUUAAGCGCCUGCAUAUAUCAAUCCCUUUGCGACUCGGAUACUUUCGUAACGAAACAUCAUCAGCCUGAGAUAUUUCCAGCAGUGGCAGAGAUCGAGGCUUUUUCAGGCGGUCACUUAGUCACCUCGAAUCGUUACAAUCGUCGCUAUUCAGUCGACGAAGCGGUCGCCAUAACGACUCUUCCUUCAAAGUGGCCCGGCGUGACCAACCUCCGAGCCCUUCUCGCUCGGGAGAAAGACGAGGAUACACCAAAAUUGAAUAUACUUCUGUGCGAGUCGUUCGUUGCUACGUACAUGAGUCUUUUCGUUUACGCUUUGUCGAGCUGUGACAGUCACAUCCUCUACAGACUCGUCGGUCAUCAUUUUGACAAUAAUACAUGGUCCUGUCUUUUCGGCGGGGGAGUUAAGAAACUCCUGCGGAUCGCCAGUACAGGCGGCCACCAGGGAAGCGCGAGCGUGAGUAUGGAGAGAGCCGAUAGCGUGUCGAGCGAAAUAACUGCAGCGGCUGCUGGAAGCGGCAUGUGGAACACGAUGACCUCGUUGACGAAGCAAAGAGUUAAAUUGAACAUGAAAUUGCUCGGACAAUUUACUGGGCAACAGCCCAACAUGAAAGAAGACAAACCGACAUAUCGCGAACAAUUUGUCUCCCCACAGAUGAGCAUGAUAUCAUAUUUUCUCAUCAAGCCACGUAUCGAGACGGAAUACGCGGACGAGAUUGACUACGAUUCUUCGGACUCGGCUGUAUCUGAUCUCGGCUCGUCCGAGGACGAGGAAGAUGUGUUUGAUACGAACGUUAAACCAAAGAAUAAACCAAAGGACAAUAAUGAGCAUACCAAUCCUAAUUCGUACAGUUGGUGUAUCAUGAGAUUGGCUAUAGUUAAAAUACUUCAACAGCAAUUGCAAGAAUUUCUCAAUGUCGCCGGUAUCGAGAUGCAGGAAUUACCGGUGAGUAGCCCCCUCAUACACGGCACACUCGGCAUCGUUGCUCAGUGGCAAGAAUCCCUGAGGGAAGAAUUAGAAGCGAAAGGUCCACCGCCAGCCAAUUAUAUAUCGGGUUGUGCUCCUGAUCCAGUACCUUCGCCAGGAAAACCUGCCAUUCACAAGUAUCGCUCUCUGCUCGAGAAAGACAAUACUCCCUUCAAUACGCGUCUCGCUUCUGCGGCACCGGCUAACCGACUUUGGUCUUAUCUGGUUCGACAAGAGUCUGUUCAGGAUAUAUUUAUACGUGCGGUGUUCGGUAAGAGGCGAUCGUUAUCAUCAAUCCUCGACAAUAAUCAGUCUAGCUCGACGGUAGUCGAUGGGGGUUCAAGUCGAGUAGCCAGCGGCGCUGGCGAGGACAAGGCAAGCGACAGUGGCACGACCAGUCUUCCUGAGCCGGUUAGGAUAAUUCACAAGGAACAAGAUAGUAUCAGUGCCUUCUGCCUCAAUCAGGUUAACGCUGGUCUGAUGGCUCUGGCAACACCGCGCGAAGUGCAAGAGAUGGACAUAUCGUUGCUCCUCGAGUUACCAUCUUGGUUGGAGGACGAGUGCGAAUUCGAUAUAAUUAAUUUGAACAAGCAGAUCGAUCCGGAGCCUGUCCAAUCUACCAGUUUUCUAGUCAUACAGACCGCGGCGGAUCGACCAUUGAUAGCUCAGAGUCCGCAGUCGAACAGUCCUCAACCGCAAUCCGGGAUUGCUGGGCAGACGGGACGAGGAGCCAGUGUGAUGAAGGGGAUGCCCGCUUUUCCUGGCUCCCACGACCUGCGCUUCUGUCAGUUUGUCGCUGAUAGGAGCAAACACUUGUUGAAGCCGAUUCUGAAACACAAGAUCGAUGGUAUUAGGAGAGUUUCUUCGCAUCCGCUCCUACCUUUGUAUUUGACCGGAUCCCAGGAUGGAUCGGUAUCGUUAUGGGAAUGGGGGCAUCAGACUGCCGUUGCUACUCCCCGACCAUCAGGCACCUUUGCUAAAGUAACGCGGGUUCGUUUCUCUCAGCAUGGUAACAAAUUCGGCGUUGCCGAUUCCGAUGGUCACCUCAGUCUUUUCCAAGUCGCUUGCAGAGAAGGAACCGCUCGGCCCUUCUUCAAUUACCAAUGUCAUAGCAAAGUUACGUCGGACUUUGUAUUUUUGGGAGCGUGUAGUUUAGUUGCGACAGCUGGACACGGAUCGGAAGGUCGUAACGUAGCUUUAUGGGAUACGUUGCUACCACAAAAUAAGUCUCUAGUGCAAGGUUUCACGUGUCACGAUCAGGGCGCGAGUGCUGUUAUUUUGGCACCUCAGCAUCAAUUGCUCAUCAGUGGUGGCAAAAAAGGGGCGAUUAAUAUUUUUGACGUCAGACAACGGCAGCAAAGGCACAGAUUUCAGGCUCAUGAGUCUGCCAUCAAGUGUCUCGCUCUAGAUCCUCACGAAGAAUUUUUCGUCAGUGGAGCCGGCGAUGGUGAUAUUAAAGUAUGGGGAUUGACGGUCCAUUCGCUUCUCUAUUCCUUCCCGGGAGAACAUCCGAGAUCAAGUUUCUUCAAAAAUAUCGGCCAGGGAGUAACGCAAUUGCACGUGGAUUCUGCGGGACGUAUGUUUUCGUGCGGCGCCGAUGGUUCAAUGAAAGUUCGCCAGUUACCAGAACGUGACUGCGUAGUUCAUAGCCUUUACUGAGAAUAAUAAUAAUUUGGAAAGAAAGAAAAAUUGACACACCUAUUCAAUAUAUAUUAGAUUAAAUCGCGUUUGAAAAAAAAUACACUCGAAAAAUAGCACACUGCCGUUAUCUCGGUCGUGUGUAAGCGUCGAUUGUAUGUGUGUGUGCGUGCGUGUGUGUGUGUGUGUAUGCAUGCGUGCGUGCGUGUCGCUGUAUCCGAUUGCGCGCCCAAUUAGCUUUCUCAACUGACAACUACUCGUUCGUAAAGCCUAUUAUCUAAUUCUAACAAUCAUUCCUUUUUGCCUAAAACAAAAAAACAAAAAUGAGAAUAAAGCUGUAUUAUCACUCCGACACAAAGUGAUGAUACCUAUAUAUUGCUAUUCUUACAAACCGUGAAUAUACGUAUGAAGAAUACAAAAAGAAACCAAAUGGCGUGCACGCCAGAAAAAUGGAAAGUUACUCAAGAAUCCGAGUAAUCGCUGCUCCGAAACAAACAAAAAACGAAAAAUACAUUCAUACGCGAUAUUGCCGAAAGUAAAUAUCUUGUUUUUAGAAGCUCGUUUGUUGCUGCUCGUCCUCAAAACGCCUCUGUGUGCAAGGACGAUAAAGUAAAGAAAUAACUAAAAAGUGUUGAUAAUAUAUUUGUGUAUAAAUACAAUAAACUAUAUUGUUGUGGUUGUUUAAGCCUAUAAAGGAUGUGAGAAGCGAGAUCGAGCGAGAAAUAAAAACGUUAUAGUCUUAGCUAUAUAGAGCUAAACUCACAGUAUUGUACACAUUGUUCGAAAUGCACAUUAUUAAUAUACAUACACAGAUUAAAGUAUAUAUGUAUCUACGAUCAUGAUGAAGACGGUACGCGAAAAAAAAACUAAAAAUGAAAACAUUCAUCGUUCGUGAAGCGUACGCAACUGUAUUGUAACUAUAUCUCAAGGACGGAAAGGAAAAUGAAAAUAUAGAAAUAAAAACAAGACAUUGAUGUUUCAA